AUGCAAUUUAACUUUUUAAUCUCAAAAUGCAUGUCAGUUAAUGAAAAUGGCAUGACCAUUUUAAAUGGAACACCAUAACGCAAUCCAUGCCUUGAUGAAUUGAUCACAACAAUGGGGGAUGCAUCUGCAAAAGUAAUUGAUAUUAAUCUAUACAAGGCAUAAAAUUUGAAAUAAGUUAUAACUAGUCCAUCCAGAUUUUAUUAAACUGAUUAAAAAUUGUAUAUCAAAUCAGAAGGAAAAGUAUGAAUACAAAAUAAACUUAUUAGUAAUGCUUAGGAAUUUUAAAAAUUGGGAAGAAAAACCUAUUUCAUAGAGAUUUGAGUGGAUUAGUUAGAGAAAUAUAGCCAUUGUGUGUGUUGGAUUUCUAUGUGCAUGAAUCAGUCUAGAGAAGAGGAAUUGGCAAAGAACUAUUUGAAGAAAUGCUGAGAUGUGAAACUAUUAUGCCAGAGAAAUUAGCAUAUGACAGACCAUCUCCAAAAUUACUUGGCUUCUUAAAAAAGCAUUAUCAUCUCUCAAAUUAUAUAUCUUAGAAUAACAAUUUUGUUAUCUUCUCAUAAUAUUUCGAGAAUAGAUAGUAGAAUUCCAAUUAAAAAUUGGCCUCCUAGACCUCGUACUAUCAAACUAUAGUAACGCCUUCGAAAAUGGAAUAAUUAGGAUCUUUGAUGUAAUAAAUGACAAUUUCCUCAACAAAAUCAAAGAAUCAAACAUAGUAGUAGAUAAAAUCUUAAGCUCCUUGGGCUACAGAUUAAAAAUCACAAUCAAAUGUAUAGAAUGAACUUAAUUUUUAGAUGUAUCAAACAACUACAGGACUUAUGUCAGCUUAAAUUUAGAAAAAAAUAUGA